GAUAACUCCUGAUGUUUCUAUUGGAACGGAGUGUAUAUAAAAGACUUCUCUACAUGUCAGAAGGUCUGAAAAAGCUGACACACAAUGUCUUUCCUCUGUCUGCUGUCGUUCAUUGCACUUGUAGGUGCUACUUAUGGGUGCGGAAAGCCGUCUAUCCAGCCUGUCCUCACAGGAUAUUCCAGAAUUGUAAACGGUGAGGAAGCCAUUCCAGGAUCUUGGCCAUGGCAGGUUUCUCUGCAGGACAACACUGGUUUCCACUUCUGCGGAGGAUCCCUCAUCAGCAACGAAUGGGUUGUAACCGCUGCACACUGUGGAGUCAGGACUUCACACAAGGUAGUUUUGGGUGAAUUCGAUCAGCGUUCUUCUGCAGAGAAUGUUCAAGUUAAAACAAUUGCCAAGGUCUUCAAGCACCCAAAUUAUAGCGCAUUCACCAUUAAGAAUGACAUUACUCUGCUCAAACUCUCCUCUCCUGUUGCUGCACAACCACAAGUGGCUCCUGUUUGCGUGGCAGAGACCUCUGACAACUUUAGAGGUGGCCUGAAAUGUGUGACCACUGGAUGGGGACUGAUAAAUUCUUCUGCCAGCCAAACCCCACCCAGGUUGCAGCAGGUAGCUCUCCCUCUCCUCACUAACGCCGAAUGCAAGAAUUACUGGGGCAACAAGAUCCAUGAUGUCAUGAUCUGCGCUGGAGCUGAUGGAGCUUCCUCCUGCAUGGGUGACUCUGGUGGACCUCUUGUGUGUGAAAAGGACGGAAGCUGGACAUUGGUUGGCAUAGUGUCCUGGGGAAGCUCCACUUGCUCUCCAUCAUCUCCUGGGGUGUACGCUCGCGUCACUGAGCUCAGAAGCUUCAUCGACCAGACAAUUGCUGCAAACUAAACAAGAUAAUACUGCCAUGCUAUCAAUGUGUGCAAUGUGUCAGUUUAAAUAAACAUCUCAACAGCAGACCA